AUGGCCGUGACCGCGCCGCUGCCGCUGCUGCUGCUGCUCCUGGCGCUCGCGGUGGGCGCACACCUCGCCGCAGCAGCCUCCGGCCCUGUCGGCGCGGAGGGCAGGCGGCGGUGCCCGCUGUGCGACUCCUCCGUGUACAGCUACUGCAGCGAGAAGCUGCUGCACGACGCCUGCUGCUGCAGCGCGCCGCUCGGGGAGCCGCUGCCGUACCAGUGCCAGUUCGCCGACUGCAGCUUCCUUCACGCCAAGUCGUGCCGCGACCACCGCCUCAUCACCGCCUGUUGCUGCACCUCUGUUCUCUUCCACACGCGCUAGAUGAAGAGGUGCACUCCUGGAUAAGUCACAAUUAUGUUGUCAGCUGUUCAAGGAUUGGUGCAACCACACCUGCCAAGACAUAAAUGGAAGAUAAUACAGGGGAUAGACAGACAACUGUUCUACUUAAUACAAAUAAACUCGGUCUUCCGAGACAGAGAACCAGAAAUGAAUUUCUUUUCCAAAAGAAGAUUUCAAUACUUCCAAAUCUCUAACAGCUAUAUUGGUCCUUUUCUUUAUCUCUCACUUUAUAAAAAAAAUGAACACUAAAAAUUUGAACAUUUCUUUCCAUUUUAUGGUUAUUACACAGCAUGUUUAAUCUACAAACAUGGUCAGCUAUGUUUAGAUGUGUGUGUACCAUAAUGUAACUGAAAAAACUGGCAAGAUUUUGUUGCUAGA